AUGGAGAAGGAUAAGUUGCCAGUUAUUUUACAAAGUGGCAGAACCAAAUUUAUUUUCGAUUCCUUGGAGACCAACUGUGAUCAUGAUUAUGUGGAGUACUUUCGUAAGGUGCCCAACACGACUUUUCUAUUUACUUUUCGAGUGAUGAAAACGAUCCCGACUUUCAACAUCGAUAUCGUUCUAAGCGUUCUAAAAACUAAUAGAGUUUUGUACAAGGCAGAGGACAUAAAGGGCUGUGAUCUUGUGAAGAACCCGCGGAUGUUCAAAAACUUUGGCAGGUCCUUCACUCACCUGGUGGUCAAUGGCAGUUAUUUUAAGUGCCCCAUCGAGCCGAGGAUUUACUAUCUGCAGAACGAGCCCCUGAUGUCCAUGUUUCCCUCCGUCCAUCUAGCUGGACACUUCCAGCUAUCCAUGCGAUUGAAAAUACCAAAUAGCUAUCAACCGUUCGUUAUGGAAUCAACAUGGAAAUAUAAAAUUUCGCGUGUCAAAUAA